AUGAAGGAACCAAUCAAACUACGUUCGAGUGCUCCCGCAACUUCCUUACGUCCAAGUCUUCCCACAAACGCUGGCGAGGGCUUUAUCAAGGAGCCAAUCAAACUUCGUCCCAGUAUCCCCAAGGCCACUGUCCCGCGCCGAGUCAUUCAUCAGGCUCCUGAAUAUUAUGAUGCCGGACCUCCAACGUUAGAAGAAGAAAUGCCCGAGAUGUAUCCAGCUGACAGUGAUUGGAUUGAAGGAGAAAUAGAGGUUCCAUCCAGCGAUGUACCUCUGCUUCCAGACGGCCAAAUGGAUAUUGAACUGGACUGA